AUGCCUAUUAAAGGUCUACAAUACUCCUUGGUUCUGACUGGCGCUACCUUCUUCCACCGGCGCUACCUGCAGCUCUACCAAUACCAAGCUAGCCGGCUGCACAUUCUGGUGGAUAGCAUUAAGAACUGUGAGGACAUCGCCAUGAACUGUCUGGUGUCCCUCUGGCUGAUGCAGCGCCACGGCCCAGACGCCCCACCUGCAGCCGUCCAUGUAAAUCCUCUGAACAUGCAGUGGCUGGAGAUGAAGACCAAGAGAGCCAAAAAAGGGAGAGGGAAUAUUGGGCUGUCACGCAGGCCAGGGUACAGGCAACAGCGGGGCUACUGCCUGACCGAAUUCGUGAAGAUCUGGAACGGGACAAUGCCCUUGCGCUACAACGACAUCACCCUGACCCUGCCUCGCCAAACACAUAAGCAAGUCAUAAUUUCAAAUGCCAAAACAUGGAUAUGGAAGAAACGAGACAGGAAAUGAAAUGAAGAACUCCUUCUGAGGGUUUCAAUGGCAAAGUUACUCUAAUGUUCAAACCAGAAGGAAAUCUGAAUGUGUUAUUAGGCCUAUGAACUAUACUUAGAACAGGUUUCUUUUUCAUUGACUCGUGACUCAGCAUUGUUAGUCAAUAGAACAAGCAUUAGGUCUCUGGUUUAAGUGUAAAGCCCUAUUCCUCUGGGACUAGUUUUAUGUAUGGACAUGGGAAAAUGUGAUUUUUACUAGUGGUGUGGAUCGGCACAGCCCUCACGAUCCGAUUCGAUCAUGAUUCAGGAGAUAGUAGAUCCAAUUCGAUUUGAUUCUAUUAGAUCCAAUCCGAUCCGAUUCAAUUCUACAAUGCAUUGCAAUGCAUUACAUUUCUACUGAACGCAAAGCAAAUGUUUAAUCAGCCAUGAUGAGGCAAUACAAGU